AUGCCCACCCACGCAAAACCCAAAAAACGAAAGCGGCGUACAUGGGUCGAGAUCUCCAACGAAGCACAGGAGCACCGCCGUGCCAGCAUCGAUCGAGUACGACCUUCUCUGCCUGACCGUCCAUGGCCAGCGUUGUCGUCAAAGAAUGCGAUGAACAUACCGGAGAUUUUUCUCGACCCAUUCGAGACCAGCAUUACCCAGAUGCUUCCGGAGGAGCUCGUGGCAAUGCUCGCGAAAGGCGACGUGACUGCCAAAGCGGCGACCAAUGCGUUCCUCCGUCGAGCAGCGCUUGCGCAGAGAGUGACCAACUGCAUCACGGAGCUACUACCCGAACGGGCCCUCACCCGUGCAGAAUCCCUCGACGAGUUCUACACGCAACACAAACGCCCCAUCGGCCCAUUGCACGGCCUGCCCAUCAGCGUCAAGGAGCACCUUGGGAUGAAAGGCCUCCGGCUGAGCGCUGGGUACUGUGCAUGGUGGGACAACGUCGCGUCAGACGAUGCCCACGUGCUCAAGAUCCUAUGGGAUGCUGGGGCUGUCUUCUAUGCCCGCACCACGGAGCCGCAGAGCAUGAUGCACCUCGAGACGCAUAGUAACUUGUACGGCGUCACGGUUUGUCCGUACAAUACGGAUCUUUCGGCGGGCGGGAGCUCGGGUGGUGAGGGUGCUUUGAUCGCGAUGAGAGGGAGUUGCUUGGGGAUUGGGACUGAUGUUGGAGGUGGCAUUCGUAACCCAGCCGCCAACAAUGGGAUCUACGGAUUCAAGCCCACAGGUUUCCGCAUCCCAACCGAUGGAUGGUCUUCCAUCGCCGCCGGAGCAGACUGUGUGAUUAGCUGCAUCGGGCCCCUGAGUACCUCACUCGCGGGCCUAUCGCUCUUCAUGCGAGUAGUCAUCUCCGCCAAACCAUGGCUCACUGAACCGGCCCUGAUCCCGAUGCCAUGGAACCAAGAAGUUGCCAUCAAAUCGACCACGCGCCUCAAGAUCGGGAUCAUGAUGCAUGACAACAUCGUCCUCCCACACCCACCCAUAACACGCGCUCUGUCGACCUUGUCAGAAAAGCUGUUCUCCACUCCCAACAUCACGGUGGUCCCCUGGCAACCACACCUGCAUGACGAGGCCUGGGCGAUUCUGUCUAGCCUGUACUAUCCGGACGGCGGCGCGGCAGACCUCGAAGUCAUGGCCGAGAGCGGCGAGCCGCUCCUGCCGCUCACGGAUUGGAUCCUCAAUGAGAACCCCUGCGUCAAGACCCUCUCCCUGCAGCAGUUGUCCUACUGGGUCGAAGAGCGGGAGGAGUAUCGGAGCGAGUAUGCUGCUGUGUGGAACAAGACCGGUGCGACGAAGACGACGGGGGAUGCAGUCGAUGAUACCGUCCAUGCCAUCCUCUGCCCCGUGGGACCCAGCGUCGCCAAUCGCCUGAACACCGCGAAGUACUGGGGCUACACCGCAGUGUGGAACCUCCUGGAUUACCCAGCUGUGUCGUUUCCCGUGGAUAAAGUUGAUCGAGAACUCGAUCGAGCGUAUCCUAGAGAGGAGUUCAUGAGUGGUGCCGACGAGCAGAACUGGAAGUUAUACAACGAUCACCCAGAAGAAUUCCACGGCGUCCCUGUGAGUCUGCAGCUGGUGGGACGGCGGUUCGAAGACGAGAAGGUCCUGGCUGUGCUGGAGUAUCUCCAUGCCGUGGCGAAGCUGCCACUUUGUCAGUUUCCUUGA